AGAAGUCGGGUAGAAUCAAGUCUGGAUAAUAGUAGAUGGUCAUAAGCAAUCAAUAACCACACAACAAGUGUCCCCUGAUCUUACACAUGCAGCCAGUCUCGAAUCAUCGGAUAUAGCAUAUACAUACACGCCUAGUACAUACAUACACGGAUCGAUACUGUACGAACUGCAAUAUCUCAUUCUCACAUUUAGUUAUUGAUCACGAUAGAAGAUAGCCUACAUUCUGAACGACAUUUGAUUCUGAUUCAUACUUAUAAAUUGGUGUACUAAUUUUAAGCACUUAGCAAACAGAAAGCUAUACACAAGUGGUUCGUUCUUACCCUCUACACCAUGAGUCAAUACAACCCACCCCGUGGACCUGGCGGGUUAACCGAAGGCCAGUCUUACGACGACCGCGGCAGACGGUCGCCCAACAGGCGACGUCCCAACUCCGGGCGCAGCAGUCGCAGUGGGAGAGACGGUAGAGACCACAAUAACGGCGGUAAUAACGGGAUGGGUAGCGAUAUGAAUAGCGGUAUGAAUAACGGGAUGAACGAUCGCUACAGCAACGACAGGCGAGGCGAUCGCAGAGACAACCAUCGAGACAGUAGUCGAGGCAUGCAAGCACCUGCAAGGUACGACACAUCGGCACAGUCGCAGACGGAGACAGGGUUUGUGGAGAAGAUGUGUGAUGCCUACGGUUUCAUUGACUGUGACAUUCGUAGACAGAAGCUGUUCUUCCACUACUCGCACUGUGAGCUUAUCGAUGACCUGGUGGUGGGCGACUAUGUCAGCUUCGCCGUUGUCAUGGAUACGCAGACCAGGAAGAACGUGGGGUUUGAGAUCAAACGAUUGCCAGUCACUGUGCCAGACUCUGUGGAAUGGGAUGAGACUACCAAGUUCAGCAAACCUAUCACAGGCACUAUCUACCGUAAGGCAAGAGGCCGCGUCGGCUCCGAGUACGAGUCACCGGGGUGGAUAGUGUAUGAGAUGGAUGGGCACAGCUACCGUGUGGCGUAUCUUCCGUCCGAGCUCAGCAGUGGACGGCAGCUGGGUGGUCAGUCGCAUUUUGGUAGUCAACCGCCAACGUACGCUAUUGGUGACAAGGUCACGAUGUGUCUAGGCCCAGAGGAUGGGGGUCGCAGGCUGGCGCACAACAUUGUGUUGUGUUCGCCAAUUGACGACAGUCCGGCGCUUGAGCGUGGGCUGGGAGUGGUCACCAGUCUGAAGGACGGCUACGGUUUCCUCAAACGUGAUCCGAAGUUCGGUACUGGCGAUAUCUUCUUCCACUACAGUGGAGUUGUGGGUAUGAAUCCCACAGAGCUGCAAGAAGGCGACAAUGUGGAAUACUCCGAGACCAACAAACAGGACAAGCUCAGAGCUGUGGACGUCGUGUACGUGGCGCCAGAGGACAUGGAGGUGAUCUCGGAAGAGAUCUUCACGGGCAAAGUGGACCGAGCGGUCCAAAAACCCGGACAGAGGGACAGCGACAGAGACCGUCCGUACCGUGAACGCGAUAGAGACGGCGACAGGGACCGGGAGAGCAAGGGCAUCAUCAUGCAUGUGGUCAAGAGAGAAGCGGGUGCGCAUGACACCACUGACACUCUGGAAAACGGGGCUACCGACAAAGAUGGAGCCAGGGCAGAAAUGAACGAGGCCGAGGGGGAGACGGCCAAAGACAACAGCUACAUAGACACGCCACAGAACAGCGCUGAACACGUCCACUACAGUGCCGAGAAUGGAACCAACGAGGCCGAGACUGUGGCGGAGGAGAGCGUAGGGGACAUGGGCGACCACGCAGAAGGUACCGAACAGACGGCCAGUGCCAAACGCAGCCGCCGCAACAGGCGGGGCACCCGGAAGGAGAUGCUCACCUUCAGAGUUGCCGACCAGGUGGACGCCGAGGAAACCUUCGGAAAGAAUGACGAAGUGACGUUCAUGAAGUGUACACACCGUCGCACGCAGAUGUCACGCGCUGUGGGGGUGGCGCUGGUGGCACGAGCGCCUGAAGUGGUGGAGUACGGCUUUGUGUCUGGCCUCAACAAGUCCUUUGGUUUUAUAGAAAGGAGUGCGAAACUCGCGUGUCUGUUCUUCCACUUCAAUGAUAUCGAACAUGAGGAUGGUGAGUCGGCGUUGGUGGUGGGUGGCCCUGUGAAGUUCGUGGUGGUACCUGACAAGAAGGGCAAGCCAUGUGCCAACAAAGUGCAGCCCAUCAGCGCAGAGGAGAUGCCGCCGCUGACCAUCUCGUACAAAGACGACCAACCGCUGUUUGGGCGAGUGCAUAGAGUGUUUGCUGCGGUAGCGUUCCCUGCUGAGCGGUACGGUGGUAUGGUUGCGUAUGAAGGGCCGCAGAUGGAGGUGCAUAGAUGCCCCUUUGGCAUAGUGGGUCUGCCCAGUGCAGGCACACGGGCGCCGCUGUUGGUAGGGGAGAGUGUGUGCUUCAGACGAGGUGUGCGUGGGGGUGUGAGCCGAGGCAGAGGCGAUGGCAAGCCCAAGUGGGAGGCCAUGGAGGUGUGUGCGUUGUAUGCACAGAGUGAUCUGAAACACACCGACAAACGAAGGGGACGUGUGGUGGGGGUGACCGACCAGGGCGGCGAGAUCGAACACGACGGCAAGAAUGUGCCUUACUAUCUGUGUGAGGUGCUGGAAGGGAGCGUCAUGGUGGAAGGAGAGGAAGUGGAAUUCAAUCUGGCCGAGAAUUGUAUCACCAAGACCCUGAACUGUUGUCGAAUCACACGGUCUAGGUUACGUCCCCGAAAAAUAAUCGGACUGGCGGCUCUCACGUUCGGGCCCAUCCGGCAACCGUAUCUGCCACACAAGACCUCCAACGGAUUUGCCAAUAGAACUGGUGCGAAAGAAGAACCAAAGCAGGUGCUGGGGGACGAAACCUCUGCCGAGGGUGGCGUGAGUGAGAAUGGGGUGACGGAGGUGGGACUGGCGAAUGAAUGAAAGGUUGCCUGGGCCCCAAGCAUGCGGCUCUGAGCGGGCGUAAAUGCAGAUGAAGAAAUAAUAUUAGCUGUUUCGAGCUACAGUACGAGAAUUUAGCACAGUGAAGGUGAAUUGGUACUCCCCGAUGAUGGUUGUUCAAUGCAAUAACUCGGAGAACUUCGAGCACCAAUAGUAUGGUGUGGUGAUACAACCGAUAAAGGGCAAUAAAUGAUCAUAGUUGACACAGAAAUAUCUCAAGGCUAACAGUGAGAUCCAGAGCAAACAAGGUGACCUCUGCUGCUAUUCACGGUCUCAUCCACUGCCUGUGGUGUGAUCAGUACUGGUGCGAAAGUCCUCUGUGCAAUAAGUAUCAAUCCUAC